AAAUUGAGGUUAUGUUAUUUUGUUUACAUCGCAAAAAUUGGAAGUCUCUGAUGAAUAUUUUGUGUUUUCUUUCGGAAAAUCGGGGAAAUUGUGAAUAAAAUGGGAAAACAGAAGAAAACCCAGAAGAUUCAGAAGCAGAAACUGGCUCAGCUCAAGAGACUCAUCAAGCCACGAGAUCACAGACUCAAGGAGAAAGACAAAGCAGCUCCGAAGAAGAAGAAAGAUGAUCCCCAUGUGAUAAAGAUUCAUGAUGCUCCACAGAUAAGUUCUGCCUUGUUCUUCCAGUACAACACUCAACUUGGACCACCGUAUCACAUCCUCGUGGACACGAAUUUCAUCAAUUUCAGCAUCAAGAGCAAGUUGGAUAUUAUCAAGAGCAUGAUGGACUGCCUGAUGGCCAAGUGUAUCCCCUAUGUGACGGACUGUGUAAUGGCUGAACUGGAGAAAAUGGGGCACAAACACAAAGUAGCACUGCAGAUUGUCAGGGACAGUCGCUUUGAACGCCUGACUUGCAUGCACAAGGGCACCUAUGCUGAUGACUGCCUGGUGAACCGGGUGACGCAGCACAAGUGCUACAUCGUGGCUACAAAUGACAAAGAUCUCCGCAAUCGUAUCCGGAAGAUUCCCGGAGUUCCUGUGAUGUAUGUCGCGCAGCAUAAGUAUGCCAUAGAGCGUAUGCCCGAUGCAUAUGGCGUACCGAUGUAAAAAAAAGGAAAUAAAAGAAUUUGACGAUGAUUUUUUGUUAACCCUCUAACGGU